AUGAGAGGAGCUCUGUUUCUCAGUGCCAGUUCGCUGUGCGGUUUGGUGUGGGCCAGGUUCGUCCACGAGAAUCGGAUUCGAAGAGACCGCUCUAAUGGACGCAGGAAUCUGGCGCCGGCUCCUCAUGGCUUGCGCGUGCGCGAUGUUGACCCAGAGGAUCUCUAUCCGGCACACAACAUAUCAGUUCCCGUGGACCAUUUCCAUAAUGACUCCCGAUACGAGCCUCACUCGGAUGAGUAUUUCAAUCUGCGUUAUUUCUUCGAUGCGACCUACUACCGGCCAGGAGGCCCUGUCAUAGUCCUCCAGAGUGGCGAAACCGAUGCCACCGGUCGUUUGCCUUUUUUGCAGAAAGGCAUAGUCUACCAAUUGGCUUCAGCACUUCAUGGAAUCGGAGUGGUUCUCGAACACCGAUACUAUGGUACAAGUUUUCCCGUCCCAGAUCUGUCCACGGAAAAUAUGCGCUUCCUCUCCACCGAUCAGGCGGUCGCCGAUCAAGCCUAUUUUGCCUCACAUAUCGUUUUCCCCGGCCUUGAGCACUUGAACCUGACCGCUCCGGGCACUCCCUACCUCGCAUAUGGUGGCUCUUAUGCCGGCGGUGUCGUGGCGUUCCUCCGCCUCCUGUAUCCUGACCUCACCUGGGGCGCGAUCAGUUCGAGCGGAGUGACAAAGGCCAUCUAUGAUUAUUGGGAAUAUUAUGAGCCGCUAAGGGAGUACGCUCCGGCCGAGUGCAUUGCGACACAAGUCAAGCUCAUCAACAUCAUUGACAAUAUUUUGUUGAAAAACGACUCGAACACCGUGGCAGAGCUCAAAGCCGGUUUCGGGAUGGAAUCAUUGACGUACAGCAAUGACUUUGCGAAUUUGGCAUCGGCUGGAAUUGGCUGGUGGCAGUCCAGAAAUUGGUCCCCGGACGAAAACAGUCCCGAGUUCGACUAUUAUUGCGGCAACAUUACCUCGGAUUCCAUCCUCUGGCCCGGCUACGUUGGAAAGGAGUCAACGGCUGUAUCGCUCAUCGAAGCCGGCGGCUGGGGUAACGAAAGCACGGUAUGGACAAACCGCAUGCUAAAUUGGAUGGCGUGGAUCAGUGACAGCUAUGUUGGAGACUGCGAGGACACGUUGGAUGAGUGCUAUAGCUACAACAAUGCGUCAGCCGCCAUGUACACCGACAAGGACAUUUCCAACUAUAAUGCUUUGUCUUGGUCCUAUCAAUACUGCACUGAAUGGGGUUACAUUCAGACUGGAUCCGGGGUGCCGGCCGACCGACUCCCCUUGAUAUCUCGCCUGCUCACUCUGGAAUACUUGACACAAGUCUGCCGGUAUGCUUUCAACAUUACUUCCCGGCCUGAUGUCGACGCAGUCAAUAAGUAUGGAGGCUUCAAUAUCUCAUAUCCACGAUUGGCCAUCAUAGGAGGAGAGGCCGACCCAUGGCGUCCGGCGACACCACUGGCGACGCUGGACAUUCCCGAUCGAUUGAAUGAUACGAGCACAGCAAGCGAGCCGAUUAUUCUGAUCCCCGGCGCGAUCCACCACUGGGAUGAAAAUGGGUUGUUCCCCAAUGAAACAAGUCCCGAGUUGCCUCCUCCGUCAGUGGCUGAUGCUCAAAACCAACUGGUGCAAGCAGCACAAGAAUGGAUGAUGGAAUGGGCACAAUCGCAACUGUAA